AUGGCAACCAAGCAAGAAGUCUCUACCAGCAAGGCGCCCGCCCCGCUCCCGCAGUUCUCGCAGGCGAUCAAGCACAAUGGCAUGGUAUACUGCUCGGGCAACGUCGGCCUGAGCCCGGAGACCAGGAAGCUCGCCGAGGGCGGUGCGACGGCAGAGGCUCGGCAGGCAAUCGCGAACCUCAAGGCCAUCCUCGAGGAGGCCGGGAGUUCCCUGGCCAACAUUGUCAAGAUGAACAUCUUCAUCACGACCAUGGACGACUUUGGCGCCAUCAACAAGGCCUAUGACGAGUUCUUUGACAGCAUCAGCCCCAAGCCGUGCCGUACUUGUGUAGCUGUGUAUCAGCUACCUCUGGGAGCCAAGGUCGAGAUCGAGUGCACUGCGUUCAUGUAG